AUGAAGGAACGAGCGACCGAAGGAACAACCUUAUUGACAUCAUCAUCAUCAUCAUCGACAAAAGCAAUGAAAACGACGACGACGAAAACGUCUGUAUAUUCCGGGAACAUGCACCGAAGUUCCCUCCACGCGCACUACGAGACGGGACAAUAUGUGAAAAACCAAACCUUCUUGGAAGACGAGGAAUACUCUCGCGCGUUAGAUUGCAUCGUGAAAGGGUGCGCGGACGUUCUGUUGCGAGACUCGGAAGGGAGGAUUUUAAUCGGGUACAGGAACGUGGAACCGGCGGCGAACGGGCCGUGGUUUAUCGGCGGGAGGAUUAAAGUUGGCGAUUCGGUGUUCGAAGCGGCGAGAAUAAACGUGAAACGAGAGUGUAAAAUAGAUAUCGAAGAGACAAGAUUUGAAGUCGUGCACACGUCCACGCACGUGUGGGCGAAGAGGAAACAAGCGCCGAGCGAGAAUGGUACCGGAGACGUGAUUGUGGUGUCCACGGCGACGAUUACGGACGAGGAGAAAGCGAACGUGGAGAUGGUGAAUACCGAGUACGACGGGUACGCGUGGAAAACGCCGGAAGAGGUCAUUAGCGGCGAAGAGUAUCAUCCGGCGUUGAAAAAUGCGGUGAAGGCGAUGUUUUUUAGCAUGAGACAAAACGAUUUGAUCGCGGCGGUGAGAGAGGGUAAGAGCGACGGUGAAAUUGCCAAAUUAGCUCGCGAGGCGUUCGCGGAGAAGUAA